AUGGCGCUGCUGACGCACCUCCCCUUCCCGGCGCUGCCCGCCCCGCCGUCCUGGUUCCCGGGCCACAUGCUCGCGUUCCAGAAGCAGCUCCCCGCGCUGCUCAACAAGACCGACGUCGUGCUCGAGCUCCGCGACGCCCGCCUGCCGCUCACGAGCAUCAACCGCAACUUCGAAGGUGCGCACAUUCUACAGAAAUGGAGAAAAGAGCGCGCCGGAGCUGCGGCUCCGUCGUCCUCCGUCGAUGCGUCACUCAACGGCCCGAGCUACUCCGCAGUCUGCGAGCGGCUUGUCGUCUUCAGCAAACGAGAUCUCGUACCGGAAUGGGGCAUCAAGCCCUUCCAGCGCGCCCUCGCGACCAAGUACCCCCACCAGAAAACCUUCUUUGCGUCUUGGAACCAGCAGCGGGACAUCAAAGCGCUCAAUGAACUUCUCGUCAACGUGGCCAAAGCCCACCCAUACCGGACGGAGCUCAACGUGCUGGUGGUCGGAAUGCCCAACGUCGGCAAGUCGACGCUUCUGAAUGCGCUGAGGAACAUCGGCAUAGCAGGACCGACGCCCAAGGCGUUCCGCACUUCUGCGCAGCCAGGAAUGACGCGCGUGCUCUCCACUCGCCUCAAGCUCUCGACGGACCCGCUCGUGUACGCGUUCGACUCGCCCGGGGUGAUGCUCCCCUUCCUUGGCAACGGCGCCGCGGGCGCAGAGCGCGGCGUCAAGCUCGCACUCAUUGCCGGGAUCAAGGAGGGCCUCUACGACACCGAAGCGCUCGCGGCGUAUCUGCUCUACCGCCUCAACGUGCUCGACCCCGCCGCCCCCGCGUACCUCGGCCUCCUCGCGCCGGGCACGCCCCCGACGCCCGACCUGCACGACUUCCUCGCGGCGCUCGCCCGGCGGCACGGCAUGCUCCGGCGCGGCGGCGUCCCGGACGUCUCCCGCGCCGCCGUGUGGUUCGUCCGCUGGUGGCGCGACGAGGGCGGGCGCGCGACCGCGACCGCGUCCGCCGCCGUUCCCCUCGCCGAUGGGGGCCGGCACGGGUGGGGCUUCGACCUCGAGUGGGCGGUGCGCGCGGGGGAGCGGUACGACGCGGGCGCGGUGCAGGCGCACAUGGAGCGCGCGAUCGACGCGUUCGAGGCCGCGAGCGCGGCGGAGAUGGAGGCGGGCGGCGGGCUCAGCCAGACGCAGGAGAAGAAGAUGGCGAAGGCGGAGCAGCGGGCGCGGCAGCAGGAGCGCGCGAGGGCGCGGUUCGCCGAGCGUCGGAGUGGGUGA